GGCGGGGCGACCGCAGGGCGGCAUGCUGCGGGCGGCGCUGAGCCACGUGCCGAUACUGUUGAGCCGCGCGCGGCCCCGCGGGCCCGGCCCGAGGUGGCUAUGGGGUCUCCGGGUCCGCCUGCAGGCCGCGGGGACAAGGCGGGCGUGGGGGUGGGGCUGGCGGCGCUUGAGCUCCGAGCCGGGACCCGGGCCGGCGCACUACCAGCUUGUCUACACCUGCAAGGUCUGUGGGACCAGGUCCUCGAAGCGCAUCUCCAAGCUCGCUUAUCACCAGGGUGUGGUCAUUGUGACCUGCCCCGGCUGCCAGAACCAUCACAUCAUCGCCGACAACCUGGGCUGGUUCUCGGACCUGGAUGGGAAGAGGAAUAUUGAAGAAAUCCUGGCAGCCAGAGGGGAGAAGGUGCGCCGAGUGGCUGGCGAAGGGGCCCUGGAGCUCCUUUUAGAGGCUGCGGGGCCCCCCAAAUCCACCACUGCUGCGGAAGGGGCUGAGGACCAGGAUCCCACCCAGCCCUGCAAGACGGAGGCUGGCUGACCCGCCUUCUGCCUUGGAGAAGGGUGCUCCAGCCCUGGGCCGCUCUGGACGCUCCUGUUUUCUAUCAAUAAACAGACUUCACUGCAGAUGCUGGGACCUGGGGUUCUCCUGUCAUCCCUGCCUCUGCAGUCAGAGUGAGUCACAAGCACGCCCUCCAGGGCCUUCUGUGGCUGGAGGCCGCAUCUGAGUGGGGAGGGGCUGGAUGUUGCAGUCUGAGCCCUUCCCCUCCCCGCCACAGGGCUGUGGCUGUGUGGCCUUGGGCAGGUCGCUUUGUCUCUCUGAGCCUCUAUCUUCCUGUCUUCUGGUGAAGAUGUUCACAGUGCCACCUUGUCAGGAGUUACAGACGGAAAGACGGGACUCAGGCACAGGGUGGCUCAGCCUUGCCCCAAAUGUCAGGCCCCGACUUUGAUGGCCAGUCAGCUGCUGUUCUUGCUGAGGGGCGAAAGCCCCACCGUGGGUCCUGCCCCUCUGGCCACGCACAAGAAGGCCCCACACGUCCUUCUGUGCUGCCUGGACGCAUCUGUGAGCUGGUGCCAACGUCGGCCUUGACCCUUGGCCAUCAGCCAAAGUCAGCCAACCAGGCUGCUCACCGUGCCACAGA